AUGGAGACUCCAGACACUGGAAAGCACUGGCUGGUGCAAAAGUAUGGAGGAACAAGCUUGGGCAAGCUCCUUGAUUCUAUCACCAACCAUAUUAUCCCCUCUUACUGCCAUGACUACAACCUUGCUGUCGUUUGCUCUGCUAUCUCCGGUUCUUCCAAAGCAAGCGGUACCACGAGUCUGUUGAUCCAGUGCAUCUCACAUGCCGAGGCUGGGCCUGCUGCUUGCGGACAAUUGCACGAAUGCGUCGAUGUUAUUCUCAAAAAUCACAACGAUAUUCUUCAAACCCUUUCCGAAAGCCCGGAUUGCGUCGAUUCAGCUCCUGGUACCUACCAAGCCGCUCUGGCCACUGUCCAGGGGCUUUGUGAGAAUCUACGCACGUUUCUCCUCGCUGCACAGACAGUCAGGGACCUGUCGCCCCAGACGCGAGACCGCAUCAUUGCCCUGGGAGAGAAGCUUUCAUGCAUUGUCCUGGCUGCUGCACUUACCGGAAGAGGUAUACCUGCUGAGGCGGUGAUAUUGGACAAUGUCGUGGAGGCUGUGUUCGGGAGAAGCCUGCUGGAUCAAAAGUCAGCCCUCAACGACCUUGGCGGUGACUUUUACCGCGCCCUUUCCGGCGAGAUGGCAAAGAGAAUCCACGCAUGCGGCACCAAGGUACCCGUUCUAAGUGGUUUCUUCGGCAUCAUGCCCGAGUCUCUUCUCAAAGCUGUGGGCAGAGGUUACUCAGACCUUUGUGCCGCCAUGUGCGCUGUUGGCGUAAACGCGAUUGAGCUACAGAUUUGGAAAGAGGUGGAUGGAAUCUUCACAGCAGAUCCACGAAAGGUGUCUUCUGCGAGGUUGCUCUCGACUGUCACUCCAGACGAGGCCACUGAACUGACGUACUACGGAAGUGAGGUCAUCCACCCGCUCACGAUGGACCAGAUACGGCAUGCCAGUAUCCCCUUGAGACUCAAGAACGUGUUCAAUCCUUCAGGGUCGGGAACAGUCAUCUAUCCCUCGCAAGGAGUCUCACCAAUUCUUGCACCAGUGACUCCCCCUCCAUCAGACAAUGAAGCCGGCAGCAUACGCCGCCGACCCACUGCCGUCACUGUCAAGGAUUCUAUAAUCCUAGUCAACAUUGCCUGCAAUAGAAACACCAAGUCCUAUGGGCUGUUGUCUGGGGUAUUUGGGCGACUUGAGGAGCUGGGCGUCAAUGUCGACCUUGUCUCGACGAGCGAGAGGAAUGUGAGCGUGGCAUUUCAGGCGACUAAUGAGAGUGAGAACAUCUCUUAUCGCUUGAGGACAGAGUUGGAGAAAUGCGGCAAGGCAACUAACCUCUACCAGGUUAUCGUCACAAAAGACACGGCCAUUGUUUCUGUCAUUGGGCACAAGAUGCGAAAUAAAGUCGGUGUUGCCAGCGAGAUCUUGUCGACCCUGGCUGCCGCAAAGAUCAACAUCUACCUCGUCAGCCAGGGUGCGAGCGAGAUCAAUGUGUCAUUGGUGGUGCGAUCUGAUGAUGCAAAUCUUGCGUUGAACACCAUCCACGAUCAAGUGUUGAAGAUCCCUUCGCAUCACGAGCAAGAGCAUGACUUUAUCAAAGGUAUGAACGUCUCCAUGACCUCUUGA